UCAUAAACCAAAACACAAAGAAAAACACUUUACAACAGAUUAUCGAUUUUUCCUCAAAAAUGAUCGCCCAUCCCGUGGCCAUCGGUGCUCAUUAGUUUGCCUCGUCCGGAAUCCGAAAUCCAGUCCAACCCGGCCACAUGUUCGAGAAAAUCGAGCCGGAGCUGUCCACCACCAAGAGCAGCAGCAUCAUCAGCUUCAAAAUGGAGGAACUGUCCGGAGUAAUGCUGGUGCUCCUCAUCGGCGGAGGAGUCCUGGCGGUCAUCAUUUGCUUCAUCGUGGCCAAGCGCCAGAUCGUGCGGUUCACGCUGCGAGGACGGCGGGGUCCGCACGUGGCCGUCGGCCAUGACGCCCGCAAGUCUAUCAAGAAGGAGAUCGAAAGGCGCAUCGACUCCAUUCAGAAAAUUUACUUCGAGCCGAGGCUGCUGUGGGACACGAAGAAGGACGACGGGGAGAAGUAUAUUUUGAGGCCGGACUCGAACCUGCCACCGUACUAUUACCGCAUGAAGGCCGUGGACGACGUGAAGGAGCUGGAGAAAGAGAUCGCCAAACAGGACGGAACGACUCGGCAUCCCCGGGAUAGUUUGAGAGCGUUCCUGCUGGUAUCGCUGGCCGCACCGUUGAAUGGGGCGGGACAAAGGUUGAUUCAUCAGUUUUGUGACAUGUACGAGCACGCUCGCCACGAUCCCAACGAAUUUGGUGAAGAAGAGUAUCAGGCGUACCAAAGACUGCUUAAAAAAAUUACAGAUGCGGCAAAAAUGCUAAAAUCCUUCAGCCACAGCCGCAAAUCGUCCCCGAGCCGUACGCCGGUCAAGAAGCAGAGCAAGAUGCAAUCUCUGCUGGAUCCGUCCCGUCUGCGGCCACCACCAGCUGGUGCAGGAGGUGGCGUCGUCGGAGCAGACAACCAAACCGCCCGACUCAAUCUGUCACUGGGCGUUCAACUGCAGCAUCAGCAACAGCAACAGCCAGAUUUGGACGAAAACGAGAUACUGAGCAUCUCCCAGUACCACGGGGAAACAGAAACCUUUGCCAUACACAGGUCUUUCAAAAAUUGAAAUGGUCUAGAAAUUUGGACACAGUUCUCUGUAGGAUGGUUCGUCCGCGAAAUUUUAAAUAAACUCUGACUAGAUUACUCAA